CAACAAUUGGUAAACAUUGUGUUAAUAAGUCAUUCGUUGUUGAGAAUCAGUAGGUAAACAGAGUGUGAAAAGAGCUGUGUGAGGAUAUCAAACUACAAGUCGAAAGCUCGCCGUGAGCCCCCUCCGAGGUAUGAACCAAAGAGUAACAACGGAGUGAACGGCAAUAUUGAAGAUUCAAGAAUGUACAGAGAAAACAGUGGUAGUAGUCUGAAUUUUAAAACAAACGGUUCAAAGAGGAACUCGACAAAGUCGGGAACACAAGGUGCACGUUAUUUGUCACCUUACAGUCAGAGAAGUUGCAGGAUGGCUUCUUCUGCUACUAGACCUAGCACAAAAAUCCACCCUUCACUGAAUGAGGAUGACAGUGAGCACGAUAACUUGGAAGCAGUGCUCACAACCAAAAAGCUGCAAUUCAAAUCAAUGCAAACCCAGCUUCUUAAAAAACAGGACAAACUCAUAAAACUGCACGAAAGCCUAACUAAACUUCAUGAAAGGAUUUUGAAAUUGACGGGCAAAGAUUUAGGAGGAGUAGAAAAUAUUAGAAUAGCUGAAUUCUACCCCAUGCAAGAAAAUGACGACGUAGAAGAUGAAGUCAACUCAGUCAAUGGUGAUCACGUCCUUAGGCAUGAGGACAGAGAGAAACCGCAGUCAGAGAAGACCAAGGCUGCAGACGAAGAAAGUACGGAAUCGAAGGAGGAAGAUGAUGAAGCUCAAUCGAGCAAAUUCCAAAAUGACCUAAAUGAAGAGAAAGAGACGGACAGCAUAGAUCUUCUUAAGGAAAAGGAAAAGAUGAACAUUGAAACAGAAGAGGGUGAACAGAAGAAGAGAAAAAGUAAGUGGAAAACAUGGGGAAGGAAGAAGAAAGAUUCCAAGAAGUCUUCAACAGAAGAGAAAGAAGUCAAUCGAAGAGGAGAGGAUAAAAGCUCAGAUUUAUCUUCAACUGGUAAAGAAAAGAAGAGACGAUGGAUAAGUAAGUUGAAAUUUUGGGGAAGGAAGAAGAAGAAAGUUUCCAAAGAGUCUUCAGACAGUGAAACAGACAACACCAAAUGGUAGAAGUAAAUUUGUUCCAAGACCAUGACAGAAUUUAUAGAAUGUUCUGCUGUGUAGUUGAGUAGACGUUUACGCUGUCAUCUCAAUGGAGCUUACUGCCUCCAUCAUCAGGGCGAUGAGUAAGCUGUGGAUGAAAAAUGGGGUUCAGGUGUGGAAACAGGUUGAGCAGGUCACGGCUACCCUCGAGCAGGGAGGGACUUGAUGGUAUGGAUGAACUCUUUCGAGUUCUUCCAUGGUAUGGAGAAUUUCCCAGCUGUCCAGCAAACUGGCUGGAUGCUGCUGAGUGCACUGGAGCCUUCAUCUGUCUGUUUCUUGUCGGACGGCAAAAGGCGCUUCUUCCAGCAGAGCACAAGGCUGGCCGUUUUGUCUCGGAAGAAGUGGCUGGGGAGGUCUGGCAGAGAACUGAUUGUCAUCUUCUCUGCUGGACCUCCCAGCCACUUCUUUUGCUCAUUGGUGUGGAGAAGGCUGUUAGCUCUCUGCCAGAAGCAGCAGCAGCUGAGGAGGUCAAACAGGGGAAAGAUGGAAUUCUGAAGGCCACCAGUAAACCCAAGCUUGACCUGUGCAGUGUCAGCCCUGUUCCCAUAUCUUAACCAUUUAUCACCCUGAUGAUGGAGACAGUAGGCGUCUAUGAACAUCAGUGAACUCAUACCAGACUUCAUG